AUGGCCUACUCGCAGUGUCUGGUGCCACAUCUCAUCGAACGAUUCGAGUUCCCCGGAGACGUGUUUCUCGACAUGGAUGACGGCUCGGGGCUGUGCGCGCGGGGUAUCGUCCUGGACGCGCCGCGCGGUAACCUGCUGAAGCUGCGUCAUGACGGUGCUGUUCUGCGCGCCACACACGGCUCGCGGCCCCUGACUCGGGAGGAGGUGAUUGAUGCGUACGGCACCCACAGCGCGCCGUCGGCUGCGCGAGACCUGGCACUCUCGGUGACUGAUCCGCCGUGCGGUCGGCUGCGCACCUUCCGGGACUUCUUCGACGCGCCGGCGGUGCUGGCGGCAGCCUCACUGGUAGAUGCUGUGGAUGCCGGCCGACUGCCGGGCGCGGACUACGCCACCGUCUGUGCUGCCGCUCAGUCCGGACUGCGCCACAUGUACGACCGGGAGAAGUUCGCACAGGAUCAGGACGGCUUCUUCAGCCGCCUGCGGGCGGACACGACGGCCAUCGCGCACCCAUGCAGUCCGGCCGUGCUGGAACUGCUGCGGCAGCUGCGGCGAGACGGCAAACUGCUGUUCCUCGUCACCUCGUCGCACGUCGACUACGCCCGGCACAUGGCCGAGCUGGCGCUCGGCGCCGACUGGUUCCAGUUCUUCGACGUGGUCGUCACAUACGCAUGCAAGCCUCGGUUCUUCACAGGUCGUGCGCCGUUCCUGUCGGUCGACUCAUACGAUCGUGAGGGUGCCGUGGUAUCGGCCGAAGCGCUCCGCCCGGGCCGUGUGUACUCACAGGGCAGUUGGGCCGACCUGUACUCGUUCCUACGGCGAGAAACCGCCACCGAACACCCGAUGUGCGUGUACAUCGGCGACAACCUGGCGUACGACGUACACCCAACGCGGGUGUACACGCGCAGUCACGCGCUGGCUGUGUGUGAGGAACUUGAAGCGGAGCACGGCGUACGCUGCUCUAGCGGCCAGCCGACCUCACUGCGACACUCUACCGUCUGGGGAUCCAUGCUGCGGGAGGGGGAGCACGACACGCUCUGGGGCGCAGUGGUGCGCCGUGCGCGCGCCUGUGUGCCCCGGCUGGACUACCUGGCCUCCAGACCGGACUGA